AUGGGUAGAUAUUCCGUUAAGAGGUACAAGACCAAGAGAAUGACCAGACAGCUGGAUCAAAUUUUCGAUGAUUUAUCAACCCCAGAAUCCAUUCAGAAAUUGAAAAACCAAGAAGAAGAUGAAACCCUACCUGGUAUGGGACAGUACUACUGUGUUCAGUGCGCAAAGUAUUUCUUUGAUAACACCUCGUUGAAAGGCCACAUCCGUGGGAAAGUCCACAAGCGUCGAGUUAAAGAACUAAAAGUAAAACCUUAUACCCCGGAAGAAGCAGAUUUUGCUGCUGGUGUUAAUGUGGAGAAGUAUUUGGACAGAGUCAAUAAAUAUAAAAAUGAGGAAGAACAGAGAAGAUUAAUGGAGGCAGAAUUAUUGAAGAAUCAAACUGAAGAAUAUGAGCUACGUGACAGACAAAAAUGGGAACAGAUGUACCCAGAAAAGGCUGUUGAAGAAGCACAAAAAAAACUCGAGCAAGAGUCUCUAGAGAAAAAAAGGGCUCUUAAGAAAGCCCAGAAAUACGAGUUAGAGCCCCUCACUGAUGAUGAAAUUCAGAUUGAUCCAUAA